CUCUCUCUCUCUUAUUCACUCUCUCUAUUUUUUUUCCCCUUUACCACUGCUCUUUCCUUCCCUUUCCUUUCUUCUUCAAACACUCAAAAAAAUCCUCCCUUUCUCCCCUCAAAUACAAAGCUUGUUAAGGCAGCUGGCUAAAUGGAUGAAGAAUCUAGUCGGGUUCCUUGAUCUUCUUCUUCUUGUAAAAAUACAUAUAUAGAUAGCGAGAGCUGCUUAAUUUGGUUUGCUUCUUUGUUGUUGCGGCUGUGGAGGUCACUCGCAUGUGGUGAUAGCUCUUUGGUGGUGGGGUUUUUUUGGGUAGAAAGAGAGAGAGAGAGAGAUAAAAAGAAAGACACUAGCUACUACUGCUAUAAUUUAUAAGUGAAAGAAAGAGAGAGAGAGAGGAGGGCUGUAGUGAUAUACAACUAGUUACUAGCUAUAUGUUGAAGACUAAGAAGAUAAAGAUAAGGCAAGACAGCAGUACUGGAACAUAUAGUUGUGGAGAAGCUGCUGCUUGUGACUGUUACAAAAAAAACAGCACAAGAAGAAGAGAGAAUAAUAGCAUCAGAUGUUUUCCAUUGAAAACCCUCCAGUGCCAGAUCCCCCAUGUUCUUCUUCUCAACCGAAUAGUAGAAGUGAUGAGAGGGCUUCUCAGCUUCCCCCCAGUAGUACUUAUAAUAAGCUUCCACCUUCUAAUUUGUCAGAGGUAGUAGUCGUAGAUCUGCCAAACCCAAACCCAAACCCAUGUCUUGAUAAUCCUACCCCACUUCCUAAUUUCUCCAUAAGAGAUUAUGUAUUUAAAGCCAGGAGCAAGGAUAUCAAGAAUAGCUGGCCUUUUUCUCAAAAAAAUCUGCAACUUUGUUUGAAACAUGGCGUUAAGGACGUGUUGCCACAAUUUGAGCCUCUUGAUACUGUAAGAAACCAGUCCUUCAAGAGAUUUAAGGGUGAAACCAGUUCAAUUGAGAAGCAAAAUAUCAGCAAAAGAAGCAGUUUUGACAAGGAGGCUUCUAGACCAGACAGCCAUGUGGUGGUAGACUUAUCUGAUGAUGCUCAAUUGCAUGCCAAGUUAGCAGAAUCAUGUGUAGACAUUAGUUCGUGUAGAUAUGGAGAAGAAAAUGAUUUCCCAUCUACAGCAACAAGUGAGAUAGACUCAGUUCCUGAUAGCAGGAAACCUAGAUCACCUUUAGAAACUCGGACUUUGGCCAAAGCUGCUGUUGAAGUUGGAGCUACUGUGACCCACAAGACUGAAAGCACCACCAGGCCAUUGGCUAAUAAGAAGUGCAGGUUGAUUGUGAAAUUUGGUGGCAAUUCUGAUCGUGCCUCGGCUGAAGAUAUUGCUUCUAAUUGUACAACUAUAUCAGAAACGAUGGCUUCAAAACUUUGCCCUGUUUGCAAAACUUUCUCAUCCUCGUCCAACACCACCUUGAAUGCUCACAUUGAUCAGUGCCUUUCUGUGGAGUCAACACCCAAGUGGACAGCUGAUUCUAAGCUAACCAGGUAUAGAAUUAAGCCAAGGAAGACACGGUUGAUGGUGGAUAUUUAUACUACUGCUCAAUAUUGCACAUUGGAAGAGCUUGAUCGAAGAAAUGGUACAAGCUGGGCCACCAUGUCAAGCUUGCCCGCUCAAGAGACUGAGAAGAGUGAUGCACCUAAGGAAGGGAAAAGGCCAAGGGUGUUGCCAAUUCAUCCUGAGGAUGCUGGUGAUGUAGGGCCAGUUUAUAUUGAUGCAAAUGGCACCAAAGUUAGGAUUUUAUCUCAGUUUAAUGAUGCAUCGCCAGUAGCAGAAGUAAGCGAGGAUGUUGGAGCAAGAAGGGAGGAUAUUGGAGGAAAGAAAUCUUUGAAAGGUGGCAAAGCAAGCAACUACAUUUCAAUGAAAAAGAAAAAACGAUUAGCACAAAAGCAUCAGAAGUAUCUAAAACUUGCUUCUCAGAGAAAAAAAGUAUUGUUCCACGAGGCACCUGGUUCUCAGAUUUCUGGAGGUCGAGAAGAAGGUAAUGGAAAGGAGAAGGGUUCCCAGAAAGAUCAUCAGAUGUUGAGGCAAAUCAAACCUAGUGAUUGUGGGACUUUAAGACCAUGGGUUUGCUCCAAACGAAGGGGUUUUCCAAAGAAGAUUGCGACACAAGAGAGUCAUAAACUUGUGAAAUGUAAAUGGCACCUGGCUCAGGACUUGCUGGUUGAGAAUGAUCAAUCAUCUGUGGGUGAUCGUCUUUCAGAGAGGAGCCGUGCUCAGAAACCUACCAUUUUGUGUGAUGAUCAAAUAUCUUCUCCCAGAAACAGUGAGAGGAUGGAGAAGGUUUUUCAUAAAGCCCAGGUUAAUGAGAGGAGGGAGUGGUCUCCUGGAAGAAAGACAGUAGGGAAUCUUCUAGUGGGAGACAGGAUUGGUGGGAAAGUGGAUAAGUUGUUUCCACCAACGAAGCGGAAUGCCAAUCAGUUGAACAAAGAUGGCACCUCUAUCCAUGAUGGCUGUAUGCUGAGACCACCAAACUCUCCCAGGAAUGAUGUCUCUUCACUAACCAAGAAGACUGUCUAUACUGAUGAUGAUACAAGUAAUAAUUCUGAUAUGUAUCCCAUUGCUAGCACAAAAUCAUCCCGGAGUUCUCACGCAGUUGUAACUAAAGCAAUGAGAUUCCCCUCCAUUAGGAAAAGUGUACUGUCUGUCAGCAGCCAAUCUUCUGUGACUGAAUCCAGGCGCAGCAAAGUUAAGAGAUGGUCCACCCUUGACAAAUCUCAAGAGCCUUUGACAAGAGAAAUAGAUGAAGAAGCUGUGGGCAGGCAUUCUGAGGUUGAUGAACAGUAUGAUUUGAUGCAGGAUGAUACAGAAAAUCUACUUGAAAGAGAAGAAAUGACUGAUGAGGUGUCUCUUGGUGGAAGCCCCGUCCAGGAAGCUAGACAAGGAAAAAGAUUUUCUUGUAGUUCUGAAAGGCUGGAAGCCUUGAAUUUGAGGAGCUCAAAAUCUGCACUUGGCUGUGGUCAUGCUGAGGGAAUAAAUGUAGAUUAUUCAGGUAGAGGUGAUGGCGAUUAUGUACACAAAGUUGAUUCCCUAGAGUCUCCUGGAACACAAGUUCCAAUCCACGAGGACCUUGUUGUUGAACCAUCUUCCAAGACAUUGGAUGGGAGGAGGAGCGUUGCAGGUAUGAGUAAAUCUGUCAACACUGAAUUUCAUGAGCUGGGUAUUUCUUCAAAGGUCCAAUCAAACUGCAUUCGGUCUAUUGAAGAUUAUGGAGGGCUUUUAAGUCAAAACAACGUGUCUGCUGGUCCAACUGGGCCUUUUAUCAAUGACCAAAGGAUGUUUUCUGCUACUGAAGCUGGUAAUGGCAUGAUGAGCCAAGAUGCUGAUAUGGGGGCGGGGUUGGAUUCUGAAGCUGCUAAAGUAGAUUCUUUUCCUGAGGUUGAUCCCAUUCCUAUUCCUGGACCACCAGGGUCAUUUUUGCCGAGUCCUAGAGAUAUGGGUUCUGAGGAUUUUCAAGGGAAUUCAUCAUUGACUACUAUCCGGGUUCACUCUUCACCAGACCAGCAUGACAUGAUCGAUGGUGAUUCAUCAGAUUCCCCUCUAUCUGCUGCAUCGACCAUCUCUAACUCCAUGGCAGGUAGAUCUGAUUUCAGUUAUUCAGAACCACCAUCAUCAGCAGGACAUUGUGUCUUUCAAGACAAGAUUAGGUCAGGCUUAAUGUCCGCUGGAAUUGAGCCGUUGGCACACAAUGCUGGUGCAGUUCUGCAAGCAGCAACUAGAGGAGCGGAGAGAACCACUUUUUCUGGAGAGUACUUGAAACUUGAUAGGAUCUCUAUUGAGAAAGAAUCUUUUGGCUUCAAAAACGAUCAGCCAUGCUGUUGCCAAAGAAGGGAGAGAUUUUCUGAGAGUGUUGUUCUAAAUCACCAAGAAUCACUGCUACUAAGGCGGCGGAAAAUGGCAUCAAUGGCAGUUCCUUCCAAGGGGAAGCAGAUGGGUUGCAAUUCAAACCCGACACUGAUUAAUUUGGAUGCCAGGCCUGAAUUAGUUCCCCUGAACAGCUACACAACUUCAGGAUCUGAAAAGAUGGUCCUCCCGCUCAUCAAGGCCCCCACAGAUCCUAUUCCUUUGAAGGACUCUCCCAGUAGUGCUGGAGUGAGGUUCUUAGCUCGCGCAGAUGCUGAUUCUGCUAGUAGUCCAUCUGCCUCCAAUCCUAUACUUAGGCUGAUGGGGAAGAACUUAAUGGUGGUCAACAAAGAAGAUAAUGUAUCCAUGCCAGAUGGGCAGGUCCGACCUUGUGCUCAAAAUGUCAAUCAAACUUGUCACAUUCCAACAAUUUCUGCAGUCUCACCUGGCAAUAUUCAGAAUCAGGACAGUCAUUCAUUUCAUCACAUGGCCCCUCAAGGUCCUGUCAUCUUUAGUCGGGAUCCAUACAAGACAGCGGUUCAACGUUUGGAUGCUGGGUUUUCCGACAGUAUUGGAAGCCACACUGAUUCUAAGCUAUCACAAGCACCAUCAAAGCUACCAGCAGGCAUGUUUUGUGACCAACAUAGUGAUGGUGGCCUUGCACCAUCCAUUAAGCCUCAUCAGUGCAAAGAGGAUUACAAUUUUUCAAGUUCACAGAACCGGCUAAAGAGAAGACUGGAAACCUUUCCCACAUGCACUAUGAAAAGAGCUACCAAAACUCCUGACCGCCAUUGCAAGCGUGCUGAUUCAUUCGCUCAUCCCGGAAAAGAAAUCAUCAUCAUUGAUGAUGUUCCUGAAAGUCACACUGUUGUGAUGAGUGACAUUACAAAAUACAACGAAGGCUGGAGGGAAAGACAAGUAGUUCCAUCAGGUAUCUCGGUUCCAACUAUCCCGAUCUAUAACAUGACAAAUGUGAAUCCCUUCACUUGUUAUCAGUCACAAGAGCACCCUCCAAUUGGUGGAACACCAGUGGUGCACAACGGCAGCUUUCAUGCAUCCACCACCAGGCUAGUCAACACAAGUCCUGUUAGGUGGGGUUGUCCUCCAGAAGGUCCUGGCGCAUUGCAAAUUAAUCCUUUUGUGGCCGCAUCAAACUCAUCUGGUCAUCUAAGAUCUGCAUCGCUGUAUUAUUCUCCGAGCUUUUAAUUAUCAGUGAGCCUAUCUUGCUUGGCCAUUUCUGCACAGUUGUGCUUCAGCAGGUUUCACAUCGAGGCACUGAACUCGAGCUUCUUCCAUAGCUACCGCUGCCAAAAACUUUUGGGUUCAGAAAUGACUAUAGAGGAAAUAAUUACGGAAGUUUAGUCAAGUACUGCUUGAGUUCAGCAGUUGAGAUCUCAGAAAGUUUGUAUUUAUUCCCAAUGUACUGAUUAUGCUGAGUCACAUUUUAUGCAACUUUUUUAGGCUUCCUGCUUAGGCAAUCUCAAAACUUCCAAAAACUAGACAGUGUAUAAGCAAAUCCUUGAAUAAUAGUUGACCAGGAACUUGGCUGAAACACAAUGAGUCAAGUGUUCCUAAGAUAAAAUUUCACCUCCCUUUUCUUUUCUGACAUUUAUUUCCUCUUAUAUACAAUUAUUGGAGCUGCAA